AUGCUGCCUGCAGAGGGUGGCAGCCAUCGCCUACUCAGCCUCGGACCUCUAGGGAAGCCCAGGAUCGGUAAAAAGAGGACCGAGAGUUUCAUCCGGGACCAGACAGACCAAUGUGUCAAAAGUAAGCGCAACUGGCGGAAACCCGGAGGCAUUGACAAUAGGGUGAGCAGAAGAUUCACGGGCCAGAUCUUGAUGCCCGGCAUCAGUUACGGGAGCAGCGAGGAAACAAAGCCCAUGCUGCCCAGGGGCUUCCGGAAGAUUCUUGUCCACAACAUCGAGGAGCUUGCAGUGCUGCCCAUGUGCAACAAAUCUCACCGUGCAGAGACUGUUCACAGUGUCACCUCCAAGAACCACAAAGCCACGGCAAAAAGAGCAGCCCAGUUGGCCAUCAGAGUCGCCAAUCCCAACGCCAGGUUGUGCAGUGAAGAAAAUGAAUAG